AUGGCAGCUGCGCUCCUCUCCAAUGUCACAGACCACGCCUCCCUCCCCAGCAGCUACGUCCGGCCGGAGUCCCAAAGGCCGUGCCUAGAAGAAGUAAUCACCAAUGCUAACAUCCCUACAAUUGACCUCACCUCCUUCGACGUUGUAGCCCAAGUUGCCCACGCCUGCUCUUCCAACGGCUUCUUCCAGGUGGUGAAUCAUGGAGUAGAGGUGGAGUUGAUACGGGAGAUGAUGGAGGUGGCUUUGGAGUUCUUCCGGCUGCCGGCGGAGGAGAAGGCGAAGCAUUACUCCGAUGACCCUGCAAAGAAGAUGCGGCUGUCGACGAGCUUCAACAUAAAGAAGGAGACAGUGCGAAAUUGGCGAGAUUACCUCCGCCUUCAUUGUUAUCCACUUGAGGAGUUUGUGCCCGCUUGGCCUUCCAAUCCGCCUUUGUUCAAGGAAGUGGUGAGCACUUACUGUAGUGAAGUCCGCCAACUGGGGAUGAGGCUCCUCCGAGCAAUAUCUUUGAGCCUGGAGCUGGAGGAGGAUUACUUGGUGAAGGUGCUGGGGGAACAAGAGCAGCACAUGGCGAUCAACCACUACCCCAAGUGCCCAGAACCGGAGCUGACUUAUGGCUUGCAAGCCCACACAGAUCCUAAUGCCCUUACCAUCCUUCUCCCGGACCCAACUGUGGCUGGCUUGCAAGUUCUCAAGGAUGGCCAAUGGAUCGCUGUCAAUCCCCAACCUAAUGCAUUGGUCAUCAACAUUGGAGACCAACUGCAGGCAUUGAGCAAUGGGAGAUACAAGAGCGUACAGCAUCGAGCUGUAGUUAACAAGGAUAAGAGUAGGACAUCAGUGGCGUCUUUCCUGUGCCCUUGCAACAACGCAAUAAUCAGCCCACCGGAGAAGCUGAUCACGGAUGGAUCUCCAGCCAUGUACCGGAGCUACACCUACGAUGAGUAUUACAAGAAAUUCUGGAGCAAGAACUUGGAUGAUGUGCAUUGUUUGGAGCUCUUUAAAAGCUAAUUAUCUAACAAUGUAAAAGUAUCAAUGCCCCUACUGAUUUUCAUUGCAAUGGUGGGAUAGUGCCGCGCCAACUUAAGUCUUAACUAAGUAUUUUUGUUCUAGAAUAAAAAUGCAAGCCCCACAGUUGCACGCACGCGCUUGAUUAUGAUAAAAAUGUAAUGAAGUUCUCAACCAUAGUCUAUGUGAAAGGAUGUGUCGUUGUACCAUUUGAUCUA